AUGGCGGACGUUUGCUCGACAAGAUGGCAUGUAAACUACGAAUUUGAAAAGUACAGCGUCGAUUCCACAUCUUCAGGAUCGUUUUCAAUAGAAAUACGAGAAACUGAGCGGACUUCAAUCAGGAGUCGAAGCGGUCAUGAAACCCUAAUCCGACAAAGAAAACUAGAACCAAUAGAAAUCGUGUCUGAGACUCCAUCUUUGUUACUUGGCGAAGAAGAAACAUGUAGUCAAUAUGUGGCUAGCGUGUUGUCCAAGACAAGGAUUGCGAGCUGGGUUCAGGAACGCAUCGCUCCUAAAAUCUCCAGAAUUGCCAUUAAAAUAGGACAAGAAGAAGAAGAAGGAAGUUUCUUGGUUAAAGCUGACGUUAAAGUUGUCAAAGAAACGUCGUUUUCGUUUAAUAACUUUAUAAAAUUCGACGAUGAUUAUGACUCUGAAGGUCGUCUGAUCAGGCCAAUAGAACAAAACUGCAUAAUCUGUCUAGAGGAGAUCGUGUUGAAUGGUCAGAAGAGUAUUAUGAGUUUGUGGUGUUCUCAUAGUUUUCAUAGAGAUUGUAUUCUCUCGUGGCUACGCCUCAAGCAUUCAUGUCCCACUUGUCGCGACGAUAUUUUGAAGCGUCUUGAGAUGAACGGAGCGACUUUUACUCUAGAGGAUUAUAGAAAUUUCAUUUCUUCUUUCUCUUAA